CCCCUCCACGCCGUCCCGGUCCGUCCGACAUGUCCACUCUGGAGACCCGACAUCUUAAAGCCUGCAGGCCGUGCUCCAAGGCAAAGGUCCGCUGCGAUCCCGGUCCGACCGAUGCUUGCCACAGAUGUCAUCGUCUGCGAAAGGAAUGCAUCCGGCAGGCCCCGAAAACUCACACUGUUAGGAAGAAUACAGUUUCCAGUGAUGUCGGACGAUUGGAAAGAAAACUCGACAAUGUGACCUCGCUACUCACAGCCUCACAGAGGUACAUGGAAUUCAAUGGUGGCAGUUAUAGUCCAUUACCUGCCAGCAAAAUCACCCAGGGUGAUUCUCCACAAGAUGAAUUGGUGGAGAAGAUCCUCGCAAGUUUCAAUCAACGAAUCACACGCUUUUUCCCGUUCAUCGUGCGCUCGCCUCCUCUAAGAGCCAGUGACCUGCAUAAUAAGAAGCCAUUUCUGAACCUGGUCAUUCCAGCAGUUGUCUGUGAAGAUGCCACAGCACAAGUGGGCCAGGCUUUGAAAGCCAGGGACUAUUGGAUGGAGCAUAUGAUAGCAAACGGGGAGCAUAGCUUAGACCUCCUCCAGGGAUUUCUCGCAUAUGUUGGCUGGACCCAGAUUUUACCGCCACCACCGCGUGCGGCGCAGAUCAACAACUACCUCCAUCUUCUAGAAGCGCAGGUUAUCAACCUUGAUUUUUACGGAGAUAACCGAUCUGUCAUCCCUGGAACAGUGUUCUCCUAUCUCAAGGUCUUUGGGUUGGACGGGAAUGGGCGCAAUUCUCGCACAUUGGAAGAACUGAGAGCUUACCUUGGAUGCUACUACUUGGUCACUGUCGUAUCACUAUGCCUCGGCGAAAGGGAGCCUAUGCAAUACACAUCCUACACGGACGAAUGCUGUCGUACCGUCAAAGAAGCAGCCCAGUGCGAAAGCGACCAAUACCUAGUCCAACUUGUCCGCAUUGCCCACAUGGCAGAGAAAAUCUACCGCGCAGUCCAAUACCAAGAGGUAGACACUCCUGUCGGCCUCGCACCCACUGCAAUGGGCAUCCGCUGGCUUCAGCGAGAACUACAACGACUCAAAGACUCAUUCAUAUGCGACGCCCCACAGUCCAUAAUCCUCCACCUGCACUACCACACCCUCGAACUCCUAACCUACCGCGUCGCCCUCGAGCGAGACUUCUCCAACACCACCCUAAGCAACUACCCCCUCACGCAAAUCGACGUCCUCUGCUCCUGUCUCAACUCCACCCGAUCCUUCUUCGACACCCUCUUCUACCUCCCCACAAACCUCUACUUCCAACUCCCCUACACCUGCUGGACCCAAGUCGGCCACGCCCUCGCCAUCCUCUCUCGUCUCCUCGUCCACCACGACCCCAGCGGCUACUGGGACCGCGAAUGGGCCCAACAAACCAUCAACUUCGACGACAUCGUCACCACCUUCACCCUGAAAGUCGAAGAAGCCGUUUCAUACGCCCGUGCCGAAAACAUCAGCAUCCCGCCCAUCUUCACUCAUAUCAAAAAGCGGGGUGUCUUGUGGAAAGAGGCUCAUCAGAUGCGCUGCGCGGCAAUGGAUAGAUGGCGUCAGGAGCAUUCUCAAUUGUCGGAGCCGGGGGCUGCAGCCCCCGCUGCAGCAGCGGAUGGGAUUCCUGAUGUGAGUAUGGAGGAUCUACUUGCUAUGGGACCGAUUUGGAAUUUGUUUAGUUUGUAGAUGUCUUUUUUUUUGUAUUUCGCUUUUGGUUUGAUUUAUUUGUUGAUAGAUAGAGGGGUUGUUUUUUGUACCAAGUUACCUACCACUUGUGGUGUCAUGUACAUAUGCAUAUGCAUGUAACACAGGAUUUAGUUCUAGUCUAG